CUGUGGGCAUGGACAUCAUGAGUUCUGGGUCUACUAAGUAUUGGACAAGACUUUCCAGGAAGGCCAGGAAAGGAUCAUGAUCGGAGAUUAUCAUGAUACUCAUCACAUCAUGACCUCGUUGUGAUGAUCAGGAAUAAAUCCUCAAGUGGGGGGCAUGUUGGGAAGAAGAGAAAAAACCCACUCCUUCUGGACAUCUCCCACAGAAAAGAAAAAGAAGGUUUUACUCUGUACUACCUCAAUUAUUCUCGGGAUUCUGUGAAGUGUUCCUCAGCCGUACUAUCUAUCAUACCCACCACUUGGAAGAUUAGUGAAAGUGUGAGAGGCUGGCUGGGAGGGGGCUACGUUACAUCCAGCUAUUCCUGGACAGGCUGCACCAUGGAACUCAAUAUAUCGGGACAACAUGCUGGAUCGGCGUUGGGAGCUGAGGCCUGUGAUUCAUCCCGAACGGUUGGACAAACAUCAUGUUAGGGGAGAGGGGGUGUGGAGGUCAAAUAAAAUAAAAAUAAUAAAAA